AUGAAAAUCAAGUUAUCACUUCACGAAAGUCCAGGCACGGCGGGGUCCGAGACCAAACCCGUUCCGGAGGAUACCGAAUUCCGGUUUCAGAAGGUCACUAAUCACGUUAACCGGGUUCAAAACAGACUGUUCCAGUUCAACUAUGUACGGGUUGAAAGGAAAGCCCAAGGAAAGUUUCGUUUGUCGAACGAAAACUUUUUUCGCGAAGUCGGAGGAUCGGCGUCACGGCGCCUCACGACACUAGCGGCGCGAUCGGCAGCACGGGGCAGACUGGCGAGUGAUGUGAAAACACAGCUGUGUGCAAUCGAAGCCUCCGCGUCGCGACGUCAAUGCGUAUGUGUGCAGCAGACUUGCGAAUUCCUCUACCACUGUAAAGUUAACGAUACGUGGAUUGAUAGUUGGGAAUUUACAUUGAGCGUUUAA